AUGCAGCGGGCGCGCCCCGCGCUCUGGGCCGCGGCGCUGACCGCGCUGGCGCUACUCCGCGGGCCGCCGGCCGCACGGGCCGGCGCGGGCUCGGCGGGCGCGGGCCCCGUGGUGCGUUGCGAGCCGUGCGACGCGCGCGCUCUGGCGCAGUGCGCGCCGCCGCCCGCCGCGUCCGCGUGCUCCGAGCUGGUGAGAGAGCCGGGCUGCGGCUGCUGCCUGACGUGCGCGCUGCGCGAGGGCCAACCGUGCGGUGUCUACACCGAGCGCUGCGGCGCCGGCCUCCGCUGCCAGCCGCCGCCCGGCGAGCCGCGCCCGCUGCAGGCGCUGCUGGACGGCCGCGGGCUCUGCGCCAACGCCAGCGCCGCCGGCCGCCUGCGCGCCUACCUGCUGCCAGCGUCGUCCGCGCCAGGAAACAGCAGCGAGUCGGAGGAAGACCACAGUGCCGGGAGCGUGCAGGGCCAGGCCCUCCCCAGCACACACCGGGUGCCCGAGGCCAAGCUCCAGCCCCUGCACACCAAGAUGGACGUCAUCAAGAAAGGGCACGCCAAGGACAGCCAGCGUUACAAGGUGGACUACGAGUCCCAGAGCACGGACACCCAGAACUUCUCCUCCGAGUCCAAGCGGGAGACGGAAUACGGACCCUGCCGCCGGGAGGUGGAGGACACGCUGAACCGACUCAAGUUCUUGGACAUGCUUAGCCCCAGGGGCAUCCACAUCCCCAACUGUGACAGGAAGGGCUUCUACAAGAAGAAGCAGAGCCGCGCACCGCCGCCCGGGGGCCCUGGGUUACCUGAAGGGACACGGGGAGACGUCGAGAAUGACCGUCACAGGGACAUGAGGUCGUGGGCCAGAAAGCCUCCCUGA